UGACCUUCAUACGCUCCUUCCGAGACUGCUUAUCCGACUUCACCUCUAAUUGUACUGCACAUCUGACAGCCGUCCACUCGACACGGCCGCAGACAUCCGCCCGCCCUUUCCGACACGCCUUCCAACCGCCUCCUGAUUGCGUGCACCCUGAUUGCAAGCGCAACUCCCUCCCUCCCCACCUGCGAAUCGACGAACACUCAAGCGCCUACCGGCGCACUGCAAUAGUAUUCGUACUGAUUGAUGAUGACGAGCAUGGCGAACGCAACAUACUUCGCCUUACCACCUUUGCCUGCAUACAAACUCGAGCCGCAGCAACCACUCAUAUCAUGGCUGCCUGAUGCAUACCUGACGCUUGCGCUCCCUGUCAUAGCAUACUGGGCAGUCUCGCUGUUCUUCCACUGCAUCGACGAACUCGACUUAUUCCCGCAAUAUCGAUUGCAUACGCCAGCUGAGGUCUUGAAGCGAAACCACGUGAGCCGAUGGGACGUAUUUCGGGAUGUCAUCAUACAGCAGGUCAUACAAACAGCGGUAGGGGUGGGAUUGACUGUAUUCGACCCGGAGCCUACAAUUGGAAAGGAGGAAUAUGAUAUUGCAUGGUGGGCGCAGAAUCUGCGGCUGUUACAAACAGCUAUUCCAACUGUGCUGGCUACCUUGGGACUUGAUGCAAAGUCGAUCGCGGAUAAUCUUGCUUCCUCCCAUGCCACGUUUGCAUCUGUCAUUGCUGGUGGCAUAUACCCCGAUCUCAAUCAGACCAUCGGAGUAUUGGGCGAGCAGGUUACCGCACCUGCGUUUGCACACUGGGAGCUUGUUGCGGCCAAAGGCGUCUACCACUAUGGAAUCCCGGCGCUGCAGUUCUUGCUGGCCAUCAUGAUUGUGGAUACCUGGCAGUACUUCCUACAUCGUGCAAUGCACAUGAACAAGUGGUUGUAUGUUACCUUCCACAGUCGGCACCAUCGAUUGUACGUUCCGUACGCGUACGGUGCGUUGUAUAAUCAUCCAUUCGAGGGCUUCCUCUUGGACACUCUAGGAACUGGCAUUGCAUACCUCGUUUCGGGCAUGACAGUCCGACAGAGUAUGUGGUUUUUCACCAUGUCUACCAUCAAGACUGUCGACGAUCACUGCGGCUAUGCAUUCCCAUGGGACCCACUUCAGCAUUUGACUAGUAACAAUGCUGGGUAUCACGAUGUUCAUCAUCAGAGCUGGGGUAUCAAAACGAAUUUCUCCCAACCAUUCUUCACCUUUUGGGACGGACUUCUUGGCACGAAAUGGACCGGGGGCGAUGUGAGCGCCAGAUAUGAGAGGGCCAAGAUCGCGGCGCAAAAGAAAGUCGACGCAGAAGUUGGAGCGAAGAAUGCAUCAGCGACCGGCCCCACCCCAUACGCACAGGAUGCGUCACAAGCAACUUCGGUUGCACGCACAGCACAGGGAGCUGCAGAGCCGAGGAUACCAGCUGGCAAGGCCACAUAUCAGCCUAUUGGAUCUAGACAGCAGGUUCUGGACGAUCCAGUUGGCGGUGGAAUCAGCGUGCUUGCAGAAGAAAGCGCAGAGGAGGUCACGGCUCAGCAGAAGCUCAGAUCUACUCCGCGCACGCGGACAACAGAAUCUCUGAAGGGCUUCGCCGAUAGAGUAGGAGAGUCUUUACAAGGCAAAGGCACAGGAAUGUUAGGCGUUGAAAGUCGAAGCCGGAGGUAAUCAUAAUACUGUAUAAGUCUUAAUGAGUGUGAUCGUUCUGUCUACAUACAUACUGUACCUAGGUACCACCGUAACCUGUAC